AUGCAUUCUAACAUUAGUCUCACUAUAUACUUAAGACUCAACACAGCACUGUUCUCUUACGGUAUAACAGGCACUAUAGACUUACGGACUGGGACUACCGACUACAAGAACGUUAACGCUCUCUGCCUACCUGACCUCUAUCUCAUCACAGUCAUUCCCGUACGCACAUAUUCGAUCCACCGACAAAUCACCAUCACUAUUACCAACACUCGUGUAACGACUAACAUGUCUUCUUCUAACAGCUCCGAUCUCCCAACAGCUAGACGUAUCCCUACCAUGACAUUCGACACCAUUCUCCCACCUGAUAAGAUGACCACCUGGGAGCAGGAGGACGCGGCCGCGAAGAAGAAGCGCUCCUCCGCAGAGCUUGCUGCCUCGGCAAAGUCUAAGGCUGGUGCUACCAUGAAGUCGGCCUUGAGCAAGGCUGAUCAGUUGAAGAAGGUUGUAAGCAAGGCGAAAGCAAAGCGGGAUACUGACAAGCAGAUCAGGAAGGCUGAGAAGGAACAUCAGAAGGCAACCCGCUGA